AUGACAACUUUAUUCGUAUAUCAAGUACCACGAAUAGGUACUAGACGUCAUAUUAAACUUGCUGGCACUGAUCUAUGGAUUACAGGGCUUAUCAAUAAUCUAUUCGUCUAUCCAUCGGGUUGGGAUGUCGUUAAAUUCAAAGAUGCACUUAGUCGCACUCUAUUUUCAUGGCCUUUUAUUGCUGGUCGUUUUCUCGGAUACGAUGGUGAACACUAUUUAAUUGAAAUGUCCGAUAAUGCUAUUCCAGUCUUUGUGAUCGAAAAUACUGAUCUCACAAAAUGGCCUCUUGAUUCGAAUGUUGUAGUUGAUAAAAAUUCACAACAACUUCAACAAUUUUUAGAUGAAGUACAAACUACAAUAUUGAUAAGUGAUUCUUGCAGGGAUGAACCACUUUUCCGUUUGAAACUUACUCAUAUUAAACAAAGUGGAGAAUGGAUAAUGGGUGCAAGUUGGUCACAUAUGUUAGGAGAUGCUGAUGCUUUUUUACAAUUUUUAAAAACGAUUUCACAUUUAUAUCAAAACCUGGAAGCACCUAAACCGAUACCUAUCUUUAACAGACAUGUGUGGUUACAUGAUGAAGCCGAUGAAUCUCUUAGACCUGAUAUAAAAAAAUUCUUGGAUGGUGAACAGAUGGAAACAAAUGAUAGAAAAGAUCCAGCAAAAUAUGAUCAAGUGAACAUUCAUUUCCGCGGAGAACAACUUAAAGAAUUACAUUCAUUGAUCGGUGAUAGACGUGUGACUAUUCAAGAUGCCUUGUGUGCUUACAUUAUUCUUACACUUAACACUCACUGUGCACAAAAUAAUGAUGAACUAAUUCUACGUACAAAUAUAAUGAUUAAUUAUCGAAAAGAAUCUAAUCCAGAUGCACAACCUGGUCUUAUUGCAAAUGCUGUCUUGAUGCCAUUAUCUAAUUUUUUUGAAGAUCCAAAAUCUCUAUCAAGUAUUGCCAAAACUAUUCGUAAGACAAUUGAUCAAUCGCGUGAUAUCGAAUUUAUCAGACGUUGGGUAGCCACCGCUGAUAAAGUGAUGAGAACAAUAGUGCGUAAUAAGGGACUUCCUAAAAUGUCAAUUUCUAAUGAUCGAAUUGUGCUUAAUUCUAAUUGGCGAUAUGAUUGGGCCAAUCUUGUUGAUUUUGGUCAUAAGAACAAAUGUCGAUUUUAUACAACAUGGACUCGUGCAUUGUAUCUUCGUAUAUUUCGUCUCAAUCCAAUAUAUAAUGACACUCAAUGGAUAGGAAGAGAUGAAGAUGGAGCUGAAGUAGCCUUUCGUAUUGAAGAAAACAAGAAGCAAAAAUUUAUCGAUGCAUGUAAAAACGAUAUUUCCGAGAGUUUUAUUAAUGUAAAACGAUAA